CCUCGAGCUCCUCUGUUGGAACGAAGGACCUUUAAACCGUCACCAUUCUAACAGGAAACGGACAAACUUGACUUCGUAAACCAACCGUUUCUUCACCAGUCUCGUUUCAAGAGACUCUAAUAAGCUGUAAGCCAAGAUGCCUCUGAACGACGAGCGGCCGUCCUCCACCUCGAGCAGCGACGACGGGGAGUCGUCGUCGGAGCGCUGCGACAGCACGGCGUCGGCCAGCGACAUGGACUGCUCCCGCGAGAGCUUCACUAGCGAGGGCUCCAGCAAGCACUGCACGCCCUCCUCGAGCCCGCCUAAAACGCUGACCCUGGACGAGGUCAUGGGAUCGGCGAGGGACCUCUCCAAUCUCAGCUUGUUCCACGAGAUCGUCGUCAACCGCAACUUCCAACUGGAGCCGCACAGACUACCCGAGGACAGCUUAUUGAAGAGGGUGCGUGACAAUGUCCACAAGGCCUUCUGGGACGUCCUGGAGUCUGAGCUGAACGACGACCCGCCAGAGUACCAGCAGGCCAUCAGACUGCUGCAGGAAAUCCGAGAGAUCUUACUGUCCUUCCUCAACCCGGGCGCCAACCGCAUGCGGACCCAGAUCACAGAGGUGCUGGAUAUGGAACUGAUCCGACAGCAGGUGGACAACGAUGCGGUGGACAUAGCGGGCCUGGCCUCCUACAUCAUCACGGUGAUGGGCAAGCUGUGCGCCCCGGUCAGGGACGAGGAGAUCAAGAAGCUGCGGGAGAGCACGGACAACAUCGUGGCACUGUUCAGGGAGAUUUUCCGUGUGCUGGACCUGAUGAAGGCCGACAUGGUCAACUUCACCAUUGACAACAUGAGGCCUGUGAUGCAGAAGCAGAGCAUCGAAUACGAGAGGGCCAAGUUCCAGAGCAUCCUGGACAAGACGCCUGGUGCUUUGGACAACACCACCGCCUGGAUCAAAAUGUCUCUGGAGGAGCUGCUCACACAGGAGACAAGCGAGCGAAGUAAAGGACAGAAAUGGGUGCCCGGACCCUUUCAGGUCCUCAAUGUUGCCUUCCUCCACAUGCUCUCAUGGGACUCCAGCAAGCAUCCGCUCCCUGAGACCUGGAUGACUGAUGAGACGCGUCUGCGGGAGGUUCAGGGUCAGCUCAGGCAGUACCAGGCGGUGAACGAGGUGCUCCUCAUCGUCUACAGCACCAUCGGGGGGCCCAUCCAGGGUCUGUCGCCCUUGUCGGAGCGUCUCAAGAGGAUGACAAGCGUGCUGCUGGACGACAUGCACAACCCGAAUUUCAACCUGGAGGAGGCACUGGUGGGCGUCAGCGCUCAGAUCUGCAACGAGCUGAACAAGUCGUUGGCGGAGAGGAACUACCCAACGCUGACUCCGGAGCUACAGGCCACACUCACGGGGCAGAUCUGCAGCAUUGCCCAGAAGGACAACCCCAUCCGCACUCUAGUUGAGGACCGCAUCCGACAGUAUUUCACGGUGCUCAUCUGUGACCCGAAACCCCAAGCCAGACUUGAACAAACACCAGCCGGCCUGGCCGCCAUCCGCACUGAGCUAGCGUCGCUGGCAGCCAAGUUCAUCUCCCUGGUCCACUACAACAAGGCCGUCUAUGGACCUUUUUACGCCGACAUCAUCAGGAAGCUGAUGUUCAACAGCAGUCCGCCAGCUUCUCCUCCUCAGGACUCUGCUCAGGACCCCGUUACCUCCAACUGAACCUCGUCUACGUGCAGCGUGUUUUUUCGUCCUUUUACUAGUCACACCAGAACAGCAAACCGGACUUCCGUCCUUUCAGCUAGCUGCAAAAACACUUCCAAUUUAGCAGUGGGAAGUACUGCAGUGUUACGUUAAUCCGUUUUCUUGUUGUUUUUUUAAACUUAUAUUCUAGAAUUUUCAUAUUUCUAGUCAUUUGACGGUAAAAGGGCAGGGGUUUGGUACAUUUCUUACAUCAAACAAGAAUAUAGCUAUUAUAUUUAGAAGAGCCGCACAGUAGCGUUUCAGAUUCUUUACAUACAACAAAUUAUGACUAUUAAAGGUUUUAUAUAAUAAGUCUGAUCUAGCAAGGACAAUUUAAAGAGAUACUAUUAAACAACAUAGCACCCUCCUCAUGGAAUUCAUUAUUCGUUAGGGAUUUACAAAUAUAUAUUUGUCUGCAUGAAUGCAUUUUUAUCAUUUUUGCUUGUUUAAUUGUGGGACUGUCUGACAGGUGUACGUCAUCUUAUUCAGAUUGUGUUAUAUCGAUUUGGUGUGACUGGUUGGAUUUUGCGUUACUUGAUGUGGUACUGUAGCUGUUACAGUAUUUCCGCAGUGGCUGAUUGAACCAAAAGGUGCUGAACUCCGAGGGAUUCUGUGUUCAAUGUGGACUCAAAGAUGCACAAAGAAAAGCAAUUAUUUACCUAUGUUUACAUAAAUAUGUGGGAAGUUGUUACUGUUUUAUUCUGUAAUACAGUUAACAUAAUAAAAAUAAGUAAA